ACCGGGCUCUCUAUAGUUGACAACACACAUGACACCUGUCCAGAUCUGCUUCCUGACCGCCUCUCGGAUCCGAAUUAUCACCCGGUUUACUCGGAAGAAAGCCAUCGCUGGGGUGGUGACAACACGUUGAUCGGCUCAGCAGAAGGCAUCGAGGUUGCUAAGCCAGAAGAUCACGUCAAAAUGGUGUCUGUCGAUGUGGGGAAACAUGAUGAAGGUGUUCAAAACCAUAAAUCCAACAAUGAAGACAACCGAAAUCAUAAAACCAGCAAUGCAGGGUUGGAAAAAAUCGACGAGAAAAGUGGUUCCCGACAGAGCUCCAUGGAUAAUGAG